AUGAGCGAUUAUCUGUGCAGCCCAGACGAGAACAUUUAUAAUAUCGACUUCACCAGGUUUAAGAUUAGAGACAUGGAGACGGGCACGGUGUUGUUUGAAAUCACCAAACCUCCAUCUACAGAUAAAUCUGGAGAGAGGAGGGACAUCGAUCCAAACGCAGGGCGCUUUGUUCGGUACCAGUUCACCCCUGCUUUCCUUCGACUUCGACAAGUUGGAGCCACUGUGGAGUUCACGGUCGGAGACAAGCCCAUAGAAAACUUCCGGAUGAUUGAGAGACAUUAUUUUAGAGAGAAGCUGCUAAAGAGUUUUGACUUUGAGUUCGGCUUCUGCAUGCCGAGCAGCAAAAACACCUGUGAACACAUCUACGAAUUCCCACCUCUCUCGGAGGACAUUAUCAGGGAGAUGAUCCUACACCCGUACGAGACGCAAUCCGACAGCUUCUACUUUGUGGACAAUAAGCUGGUGAUGCACAACAAGGCAGACUACUCGUACAACGGCGGGACGUAG